AUGUUUUUAUCCGGAAAGCGCCUUUCGUAUGGAGCUAGAACAUUGAAUGAAGGAGGAUGGCAAUCUAUGCCAACUCUUGGUUUUCCUGGCGGUUAUUUAGUGGGUGCUUCUGCGGGAUUUAUGAAUGUACCAAAAAUUAAAGGAACACACACGGCGAUGAAGUCUGCUGUGCUUGUGGCGGAUACGGUUUUUGAUACUCUAACAAAAGGAAGCUCUUCCGAAACACUUCAGGAAAAAAUAGAAAAGAGUUGGUUGGGAAGUGAAUUAAAAGCUGUGCGUAAUAUUCGUCCAGGAUUUCAUUGGGGGCUUAUUCCAGGGCUCGUAAAUAGUGCAUUCAUUACCUUGAUCACAAGAGGAAAAGAGCCCUGGACCCUUUCUCAUUAUAAAGAUCAUCUCUCUUUAGAGAAAUCUUCUAAAAGCAAUCCCAUUGUUUACGAAAAACCAGACAAUAAAAUAACCUUUGAUCGUCUGUCUUCGUUAUUUCUCUCCAAUACAUCCCAUGAAGAAAACCAGCCGUGCCAUCUAAAACUUAAGGAUGAAAAUGUCCCCAUUCAGGUAAAUUUAGAUCAAUACGCUUCUCCAGAGUCGCUUUAUUGUCCAGCAGCUGUUUACGAGAUUAUUGAAGAAAAGAAUCCUCGUCUUCAGAUCAACUUUACGAACUGUCUCCAUUGUAAAGCCUGUGAUAUUAAAGAUCCGACUCAAAAUAUUACAUGGACUCUACCAGAGGGGGGUGGAGGCCCUCGCUAUACGGGGAUGUAA